AUGUCGCAAAUACAGCAAUUCAAUGUUGGACAAAACAUCUUCAUCACCGGUCAAACUGGCUUUAUGGGGAAAAUCUUGACGGAGAAAUUGAUCCCAAGCUACCGAGAAAUUGGACCCAUCUAUCUUCUGAUACGGGAGAAAAAGGGGAAAAGUGUCGAGGAACGCAGGGAUGCGCUACUCGUUGAACCGGUAAUAUUCGCCAUGGAAAAUUUCGGAUAUUUCUCCAAGAUAUUUGACGUACUGCGAAACGACUACCCCAAUUUUUCCGAAAAGAUCGUUUGCAUCGUCGGUGACAUUGCCGAGGAAAGUCUUGGGCUCAUGUUAACCGACUUUGCACGGCUCGUCGACGAGGUAUCGGUGAUAUUCCACUUAGCUGCCACCGUCCGCUUCAACGAGAAACUCGAAGUGGCUCUUGCCAUCAACGUGAACAGCGUCAAGUCCGUCAUCGACGUUGCAAGAGAGUGCAAGAAUUUGAAGGUCGGAGUCUAUGUUUCCACUGCGUACAGCCACUGCGUCCGAAAGUCGAUCGACGAAAAGCUCUACCCGUCAUCCUGCGCGAGCUACGAGGAGGUCAAGGGUAUAAUCAGCAAAGCCAAGGCGAAUGAAUUGUCAGAGGAUAUGACGGAGGCCCACUUCAAGGAUGUUUCUGUUUAUAAUUACGUGUCUGGAUCAGAAACACCAAUAACUUGGAGGCAGUGCGAUAGUAAAAGCAGCGUGGCUCUAAGGUCUUAUCCAACAGAAAAAGCAAUUUACUAUUCUUUUUAUAUCGACACAAAGUCGAGAUUACUGUUCUACAUAUUGGAGAUAUGUUUCCACUUUUUUCCAGCCUUAAUAAUUGACAACGUUGCCAGGUUGAUGGGAAAAGAGCCACAGUGA